CAUACCUGCGGGUGCCAUCCCUAAUUCCGCCGACGGCACCACGGCCCCACCGCCGGAGCUGAUGGACGAGCUCGUCGGCGAUUUUUUAAAGUCGUCCUCCUCCUUCCUCCUUCUGAGCCCGAGCACCUCUUCCGCGCCGCCCUCGUCUGCAAGUCGUGGCUCCGCGUCGUCUGCGACCCCUCCUUCCGCCGCCGCUACCGCGCUUUCCACGGAGCCCCUCCCCUCCUCGGCCUCCUCCAACAGUUCCAGGUCCUCCAAGAAAGGCCCGCGCCCCGCUUCACCUCCACCACCUCGAUGCCGGACUUCCCCUACCCGGACUCCGACGGCCAGGGCAAGCACCCCGUUCCCCUCGACUGCCGCCACGGCCGCGUGCUCAUCCACAUGGUGCAGGACGAGCGCCUGGUCUUCGUCGUCUCGGACCCCGUCACGGGCGACCGGCACGUCCUGCCCGCGCCGGGCAUCGUCUGGCUCAUCUGCACCGCCGCGGUCUUCUGCGCCGCCGAUGGCUGCCAACAUCUCGACUGCCAAGGCGGCCCCUUCCGCGUGGCCUUCCUGGCCACCGACGACGACGACCGUAUCGUUAAGGCGAGCGUGUACUCGUCGGUGACAGGUGCGUGGAGUGCGCCAGUAUCUCUCGACGAUGGUUGCGAAUGCUAUGCCCAGCACAUGCGAGAUGACAUUGCAGAAAACCUCCACCACCUACCCUAUGUCAUGCCUCGCCGAGUAGCCGUCAUUGGAGAUGAGGUCUACUUCACGCUUUGGUCUGCUCACAAAAUCGUCAAGUACGACUUGCCAAACAACUGCUUAUCCAUGAUUAACCCGCCGCCACACACUAGGAGCCCAAUUGCUCUCAUGGUGAUGGAGGACAGUUCGCUGGGGUUUGCCUGCACUGAGAGUUCUAGUCUUUAUAUGUGGUCAAGGAAGGUGAAUUCAGAAGCAGCUGCUGAAUGGGUAAAAUGCAGGAGCAUCGAGCUGGAGACAAUUGUGCCCGUUGUGGAUCCAGAUUACCAACCAUUUGUGGUUGGUUCCGCAGAGGGUGUGGGUGUCAUCUUCAUAAACACAGAUGCUGGCUUAUUCACUCUAGAGCUGAAGUCAGGGCGAGUCAGGAAGGUUGAUGAGCCCGCACAGUACUUUAGCGUCCUACCCUACAUGAGCUUCUACACUCCAGAUCGUGGCAUAUUGUUGGCGCUAUCGAAGACCCACUGAUCUCUGAUGUGCCGCUCAAUAGUGAUGAAUUGCAAAAUGGGCAAACCCAUCAUCUUUAGUCUGCUGCCAUUGGCUUCUUCCAUCCAAGCUACUAAUACCAGGUUGUGUUUUGUUUCUGUUGAGGAGUUUUAAGCAUGAAGGGUGCAAGUCAAUUGUGAUCAGUUGUGGUUGUCCUCGUUCAGUUCAUCAUGAUAAUGUGGCUAGAGAAUCUGUAUUUCAGUUUCUUGAGUUGGUUUCUUAUCUGUUAUGUAGUUUAAGUGCGAAUCGUGCAAGCUACCAUGUCUGACUGUGGUUCUCAUGUCGAAUUCAUCCUGAUCAUGUUGAGCGCGAA